AAUGUUCCUCCUUUCUUAUUUACACGCGAACAUAAUUGCAUGUAUUCUUCUGCCUUACUGCCAUCAUAUCGCCGCUGUCUCUUUAAAUUCUAUUCUAUAAGAAUUCCUGGAGCGAGCAGCUAGCUGCCUGGGAAUCUUACUUUAAAAGCCCUCACACACACACACACACACACGCACGCACACAUGCACACACACAUGCACGCACACAUAAACACUCACACUGACUUUUUCAUGUGAUAUGAAUAAACACAUCAGCAGAAUCAGACACAGAAGAACGUUAUCUUGGAUUUAAUACCUGUGAAGCUUGAUUAAGAAAAGAGAAGAACUUUCCACAAGGAUUGCUGGGAUCUCAGCAAGAAGAUGAUUUUUCCUUAGGUUUUUAUAUACUUGUCUCUUUUUAUUUUGAGCUGAACAGUGGAUUUGGGGGUUGCUUUCAAUUAAUUUGGACACUGAACAUAAUACUGCAAAAGGCUGUGUGUCUAUGAGUUUAUAGAAAAAAGGAAGACAGGAGAUCCAGAGAAUGUUCUCAUUAGUCAUAAGGAUUUCAUAUGUGUUGUCUUUUUGCUUUUUUCAAAGCAGCUUCAUCAGGCAAGGACUGUGCAAGGAAGAAAUCAAGUCUCAGCCUAUGUCCCCAUCUGACUUUCUGGACAAGCUAAUGGGAAGAACCUCAGGUUAUGAUGCCCGCAUUAGACCUAAUUUUAAAGGACCACCUGUUAAUGUUACAUGCAAUAUUUUCAUCAACAGCUUUGGGUCUGUUACAGAAACAACAAUGGACUACAGGUUAAAUGUGUUUCUAAGACAGCAGUGGAAUGAUCCUCGGCUGGCCUACAGUGAAUACCCAGAUGACUCUCUUGAUCUUGACCCAUCUAUGUUAGAUUCCAUUUGGAAACCUGAUCUUUUCUUUGCAAAUGAGAAAGGUGCCAAUUUCCAUGAGGUGACAACAGAUAACAAACUACUGAGAAUCUUUAAAAAUGGGAAUGUGCUCUACAGCAUCAGGCUGACUCUGAUCCUUUCCUGUCCUAUGGAUUUGAAGAAUUUCCCCAUGGAUAUUCAGACCUGCACCAUGCAGCUUGAGAGCUUUGGCUACACAAUGAACGACCUGGUUUUUGAAUGGCUGCAUGAGAAUCCAGUUCAAGUUGCAGAAGGUCUCACUCUUCCCCAGUUCAUCCUAAAAGAUGAAAAAGACUUAGGCUACUGCACCAAGCACUAUAACACAGGCAAAUUUACCUGCAUUGAAGUGAAAUUCCACCUGGAAAGACAAAUGGGCUAUUACUUGAUCCAGAUGUAUAUCCCAAGUCUGCUGAUCGUCAUCCUGUCCUGGGUGUCCUUCUGGAUUAACAUGGAUGCUGCUCCUGCACGGGUCGGCCUGGGAAUCACUACUGUGCUCACUAUGACAACCCAGAGCUCCGGCUCCCGUGCAUCCUUACCUAAGGUUUCAUAUGUUAAGGCAAUUGACAUCUGGAUGGCAGUCUGCCUGCUGUUUGUAUUUGCAGCCCUGUUGGAGUACGCAGCAGUGAAUUUUGUAUCUCGACAGCACAAGGAGUUCAUCCGGCUAAGAAAGAAACAGAGACGGCAAAGAAUACAACAUCUUUAUACUUAUGGCCAAGACAGUGCUCCAGUUCCACUGGAAAGAAUAUUUACUCUCACACAAGAAGAAGAGCUGGUUCGAGAAAGCCGUGGCUUUUAUUUCCGAGGCUAUGGUCUGGGACACUGCCUUCAAGUCAAAGAUGGAACUGCUGUUGAGGGAUCUUCUGUCUUUUCUCCACCCCCUUCUCUCCCACCCCCCAAGGAUACAGAAGCCAUCCGCAAAAAGUUUAUUGACCGGGCGAAGCGCAUCGAUACUAUAUCUCGAGCUGUUUUUCCUUUAUCUUUUCUCAUUUUCAACAUCUUCUAUUGGAUCACCUACAAGGUGCUGCGGCACGAAGACAUCCACCAGGCCUUGUAGGAUGCAUUAUUUUUUUAGUCAAAACUGCCUGGAAGAUUUAAACAAAAAUCUAAAAAAAAUUGAGCAAACAAAUUCUCUUAUAAAAAUAUUCCAAAUUCAUUUCUUGCUACAAGCUUACUGGUGCAGUAUAUUAUAGAACUCAGAGAUACAAAACAUAGUGUUUUUUUUUUUAGAAAUCUGUUUUCCAUUAGGGUUGAAGUAUUUUGCUCAGCAAACAAGACUAAUUCUGAACAUGGGAUACUGGAGAACCAGCAACUGGCCCAACCAUCUUGACAACCAGCAAUGAAACUUGUAUAAAGGGUUUUAUCUAAUGCUUAUCAGCUCAAGUUUCCUUAAUGUGCUUGUUCCUGAACAACUGCUGUUUUUGUCUAUAAGGACACCAUGUGAAUUGUGAAUUUGCUGAAGACUGUUCAUAAUAAGCUGCAUGUUAUUCUCCAAGUGAAGCAGCCUUUUUAGUAUGCUUAUAUAAGAUGGACAACAAAAGGUAUACCUUUUUACCAGUCAUGAUCUAUUUAUAAUGUUGUGAAACUACUCCAUAACCAAUUAAGUUUUAAGUGUUUUAGCAGGAAAGCAAGCAAACAGGGAAUUGCAAUAGUCGAGAUGAAGCACCUGUUUCAUCAUACAGAGACUACAUAAUUAACAAUGAUUUAUAUAACCAUUAAAUAGUAAAUAAAUUUACACUACUGGUUAGGACCAUAUAUUUACAUUCAUCACACAAUGAACAUAAUUAAGCCAAUUUGAAUAUGUUAUGUUAUUAUAGAUAAAACGGAAUUAAUUAUAUGUAAAAACCACAAGGCUGUCUGUAUGUUAAUGCUGCAGAUCCACUGAUAACCAACGGUGAUGUGUUUGUUCAGUUUCACGUGAAUGUGAUGGAAAAAAUUAUGUAACUUCAGCAAAUGUCUUAUAAAUACAGAUUACAACAGUGUUUGGGACAAACAUUUCAACUUUACACUAAACAGAAGAACACGUAUUUCAUCCGUCCAUUCAUCCAUUUUUAUAACCACUUAUCCAGAGCAAGACUGCAGGGCAGUUGGACCCCAUCCCAUAAAUAUUUCAAGUUUUUGAAAUGUAUUGACACUUAAAGAAGCCGUACACUGUCACAUGCAGACAUAUCAUCCUUAUCAUGAAAUGGGAAUGGGGAGCACCCCAUAAGGCACCUUUAGGUCUGUCCCUUGGUACACAAAACACAAGCUUCUUUCCACUACACUUACUCUGCUUAUUUAAAUAUCCAGUGUGAUUAAAAGUCAAGCAAAAUUAACAGUACUAAUUUUUAUUUACUGUAUAUAGCACCUUUCUCAAACACAAGGAUGCU